UGGACGAGGUGAACCGUGUUCCCGGCGGGGUAGAGGCAUCGCUGUGUACAGUGGUUUCGGAAAAUCGACAGCAGCGAAUACCGAAAUAUUAAGCGGUUAACCCUGGACGGGACUUUCUCUUACUUGCCCUCCAGCAAACCCAGUGUUAUCCCUUUGAUUACUCGGGUCCUCCCCUCCUCGGUUAAGCUAAACUUACCCUCUGUCGGCAAUUCCUUAUUCUUUCCCCUGGGAUCCCCACCCCCUGGUCCCCAAGACGUGCUCACUCUCCCCGCUCCUUUUCCCUCUGCCCCCGACCCCCUUGCCUCGGCUUCCACCUCCUCCUUUCUCCUUCCAGGACGUCCGUCGCUCCACUCCCCACUGAAUCCCACCUCGGGGACCAAAGCAGGGGCGCGGGGUGGCAGAUGGAUGGGCGGCAAGGGCGGGACGCAGCUGGAAUCGGCGGGACCCGGGCCGACGGGCUGGCGGGCCGCCCGGGCCUGGGAGGGAGAGCGGGACGGUCCGGCCCCUCCCGGCGGGCGGGACGGGGGGCGGUGCCCAGCCGCCGGCUCUCGGCCGCCGCUCGGCGUGCGACCACCGUGUUCCAGGCGGCGGGAGCCCAGGUGCCGCCAGGCGGGACGCGCCCGAGGAUGUGCCGCUGGCCGCUGCUCCUGCUGUGCGGCCUGCUGCCCGGCGCGGCGGCGGGGGGCUCGGGCCGGCCCUUCCCGCACCGCACCCUCCUCGACUCGGAGGGCAAGUACUGGCUGAGCUGGGGCCCGCGGGGCGGCCGGCUAGCCUUCCGCCUCGAGGUGCGCACCGGCGGCUACGUGGGCUUCGGCUUCUCGCCCACCGGGACCAUGGCCGCGGCCGACAUCGUCGUGGGCGGCGUGCUCCGCGGGCGGCCCUACCUCCAGGAUUAUUUUACAAAUGCAAAUAGAGAAUUGAAAAAAGAUGUUCAGCAAGAUUACCACCUAGAAUAUGCCAUGGAAAAUAGUACACACACAAUAAUUGAGUUUACCAGAGAACUGCAUACAUGUGACAUAAAUGACAAGAGUAUAACGGAGAGCACGGUGAGGGUGAUCUGGGCCUACCACCACGAAGAUGUGGGAGAAUCGGGUCCUAAGUACCACGAAUCCAGUCGUGGUACCAAGAGUCUGCGGUUAUUGAAUCCUGAGAAAACCAAUGUGUUGUCUACAGCCGUACCAUACUUUGACCUGGUAAAUCAGGACGUUCCCAUCCCAAACAAAGGUACAACAUAUUGGUGCCAAAUGUUUAAGAUUCCUACGCUCCAGGAAAAGCAUCAUGUAGUAAAGGUUAAGCCCGUGAUACAGAGAGGCCACGAGAGUCUGGUCCAUCACAUCCUGCUCUAUCAGUGCAGCAGCAACUUCAGCGACAGCGUCCUGGACCACGGCCACGAGUGCUACCACCCUAACAUGCCCGAUGCCUUCCUCACGUGCGAGACUGUCAUUUUUGCGUGGGCCAUUGGUGGAGAGGGUUUUUCCUAUCCACCUCAUGUUGGAUUAUCCCUCGGUACUCCGUUAGACCCUCAUUAUGUGCUCCUGGAAGUCCAUUACGACAAUCCAACAUAUAAGGAAGGCUUAUUAGAUAAUUCUGGAUUGAGGCUAUUUCACACGACAGAUAUAAGGAAAUAUGACGCUGGGGUGAUUGAGGCUGGCCUCUGGGUAAGCCUCUUCCACACAAUCCCUCCAGGCCUGCCUGAUUUCCGGUCUGAGGGUCACUGCACCCUGGAAUGCCUGGAAGAGGCUUUGGAAGUUGAAAAGCCAAGUGGCAUCCACGUGUUUGCUGUUCUGCUCCACGCUCACCUGGCAGGCAGAGGCAUCCGGCUGCGUCAUUUUCGCAAAGGGGAGGAAAUGAGAUUACUUGCUUAUGAUGAUGAUUUUGACUUCAAUUUCCAGGAGUUUCAGUACCUAAAGGAAGAACGAACAAUCUUACCAGGAGAUAAUCUAAUUACUGAGUGUCGCUACAACACAAAAGAUAGAGCCCGGAUGACUUGGGGAGGAUUAAGCACCAGGAAUGAAAUGUGUCUCUCAUACCUUCUUUAUUACCCACGAAUUAACCUUACUCGAUGUGCGAGUAUCCCAGACAUUAUGGAGCAACUUCAGUUCAUUGGUGUUAAGGAGAUCUACAGGCCAGUCACGACCUGGCCUUUCAUUAUUAAAAGCCCCAAGCAGUAUAAAAACCUUUCUUUCAUGGAUGCAAUGAAUAAGUUUAAAUGGACUAAAAAGGAAGGUCUUGCCUUCAAUAAGAUUGUCCUUAACCUGCCGGUGAACGUGAGGUGUUCCAAGACAGACAACGCAGAGUGGUCGAUUCAAGGGAUGACAGCAUUACCUCCAGAUAUAGAAAGACCCUAUAAAGAGGAGCCUUUGAUGUGUGGAGCUUCUUCCACUUCUCUGCGUGGAAGUGUGUCUCUCGAGCUGCUCCUGUGCUUCAUGGUUCUGGGCGGCACACUAAGCACCGCGAGCUUGUAAUUACGUGCACCGCUAAGCACGUAAUCCUGUUGUGCUCCGUCACCAUGGUUUUCCGAGAUCCGAAAGUGCAGGUUAAAGACACUUUGGGCGUGAAGGGUGAGGGUGAAGCUCUUGGAGACUUUCCUUUCACAUGUUCCCUUCCUCCCCUCCCCCUCUUCCCAGGCUGCCUGAGAGAUGUCAGUCGGGUUCUCGUCUUUUCCUCAGAAACAUCUGAUAAAAUGUAUCGACCCCCAAAUAGAGCAAAGCUGGCCUGACUUAAUAUAACCUCUUAAAAACUAUGGAUAAAGUCAAGUGGAAGUAAAAGAAUUCUUUAUCUCCUUCUGUAUUUCAUUUUAUUGAAAUACUCCUUGUUAUUUUACUUUUUAAAAUUGUUGAUUCGGUUUCUAUAUUCCUUUUUUUUUUUUUUUUUAAUGUUUUCAUCUUAAAGGUGUAAAAGGAAGUACUCUCCCUUCCAGUUGUCUUCCUCUUUAUUGCUCUCUGGUGUGACUUCCCAGAUGUAAUGGUGGUCCUUCCUACCUUUCCGCGUUACCUGGUUCUGUCCUUUUCUGUGCAUUACCCACGGACCUCAAUGCUUUCUGAUGGUGCCCAUUCUGAGUCUGAGUCCCAAACUACCCUGAAUCCAUCUCAAAGUACUUUUUUUUCCCCUUUCCCUGCUCAGCACUGGCCAGGUGAGUUUUUUCCUUGAGCUCUGUCACUAUCUAAAAAGAAAGAGGCUGUGGGAAACAUAGAAAUGGUACAUAACUGAUUGUAGGCUGAGGAGAAAAUGUAAUUGGCCGCAAACUCUGUGCUGUGAGGGGUGUUUUGUGGGGCUCCAGGGCAAAGGCCAGAUAGUGUGAACCAGCUGAGGAGGGUGUGAGGUCCCUCCCUGACCAUGGUGGGUGUCACACGUGUUGCAUACUGGCUCAGUCUGAGUCACAGUUGCUAUUGUAGAUGUAUUUUUAUAUUAGAUAAUAAACUAACUUUCCAUCGUAAAAUUGUCACCAACUGAAAAUCUUGUCACCUUUUUUGGUUCUCUUGGUAUAGUAUAGAUUAGCCAAAUCUUGUUUUGUGUCUUUUGCUCAUUUCUUAAACUAAGUCUGUUUGGAUCAUAUUAAUAAACUAAAUAAAAUUAAAUUUUUGUGUGGUAUCUUGCAUACUCCUUGAGAGAAUCAAGUGGUUCAAUACCGCUUGAUUUGCCAGUCCAGUCAAUUAAGAAUGUUGCAUUUUUCCAUUCCAUUUUUAAGCCAUUUCUCCCUAGCAAACAAUGUCUUCAACACAAACCGUAUUGUCUUUUAAAUAAAUAUUAUGUUUCGGAGUUUUUC